AAAGAACAUACUUGGAAAGUUAAGAAACAUUUUAAAUUCAAUCUCUGAACGAGCAGCAGUAGCAUUGCUUACCAGACGACAUAAAUAAUUUAAAAGUUGUGACUUGAUAAAAAUAUGUUAAAGGUAGUUUUCGUAGUCUUGUGCUUGAUGUUAGCCGUUGUUGCUGCAUAUCCGAGCGAGGAUGUUGUGAAAAACGAUCAGUCAGUGUCAGUUGAAAGGAGUGAAUCAGCUGAAAGUGAGGAACAAGAUUUGAGUGGAGCUGAAUCUAGAUAUGGUGGAUUCGGAGGUUUUGGUCAUGGAUUCGGUGGUUUAGGUCAUCUUGGAGGUUUAGGGGGCUUAGGCUUUGGUAGAGGAUUCGGCUUAGGACAUGGUGGUUUUGGAGGGCAUGGCUGGAGACAUUGGGGUUAAGUCACUUUUGUCAUCACUUUACUAACACCUUCUGAAAAUGUGAUAAAAAAUAACUGAAAUAAACCAAAAUAAUAAUAAAAUAAAUUCAAUAAAAC